AUGAAAAAGGCAGAAUAUGCAUUUGUUGUUGCACUGCUUCAGGAUUAUUUUAAGGUUCCCAACAGAAGUAGCAUUAUUAAUCCUCCAAUAACAGUUCUGGGUGCUUCAGCUCACUAUCAACCAUGUGGAGGAGGAAGACCAUCAGCACCUGAUAUUGCUAUAUAUCCAAGUUUAAAAAUUAUUCUGAAACCUCCAAUUCCAACUCCACCUCCACAAUAUAUACUAAGAUUUGUUUGUAGAACCUCUCCAAGGACGUCUCGAUAUUGUGAGAUUUCUCCAGUUGACCAAUCGGCCAGACUCUGGACACGUCAGGCAACACCAACACCAGGAAGGCACAUAACAGUAACAGGACAGCCAGGAGUUUAUUAUGAGGAG